GAGAUGACGGCGGUUCUGGAUAGCCUGGGUUCGGAAAUGCACACUACACAUCUAACCUCCAGUAACUUCGGCUCGAUGCAUAAAUCCCAAGACUCUCCCACACUGCCGGUGUCUAGUGUUACCGACAGCAGCUUUUACAGCGUCCCACAGAGCGCAAACUGCGCAAGUACUGCCGCUUACGCACAGCUAGCCUCCUACUCAUACCCCAUUGCUGGAGGGGUCAGUGGGGGACCCUACAGUCCCAAAUCCUACGAUAUGGGCUUUGGAUCUUCAUACGGAGCUUAUGGGGGGUAUGGACCCGGAUCAACCUCUCCAACUCCGACUGAGCCAGAGAAAGAUGAGAGCGAGCCAGAGGUGCGCAUGGUGAAUGGCAAGCCAAAGAAAGUCCGGAAACCACGAACCAUCUACUCAAGCUUCCAGUUGGCAGCUCUUCAGCGUCGGUUCCAGAAGACACAGUAUCUCGCACUACCGGAACGUGCUGAGCUCGCUGCCUCACUGGGCCUCACACAGACUCAGGUGAAAAUCUGGUUUCAGAACCGCCGCUCUAAGUUCAAGAAGUUGUGGAAAAACGGGGAGAUUCCACCCGAUCAGCACGUCGGUUCAGGUGAUUCUCCACCUGCAUCUCCUACCCAGCACACCGCCUCGUGGGGUUUUCCACAAAAUGCAGCUCCAGCAGACGGAGACUCAAAUGCAGACCAGGUUACAGGACCCCCCAACACCACGGCACCAUCGUUUUUAUCCAGCUAUCCCUGGUACUCAUCCACAAACACACAUCUACAGCCAAAUGCCCUCGCACAACCCCAUCACUCCGCCAUGACCGCCGGUGCCAUUUUCUAGCCAUGGAUAUGGUAUAAUAGACUUAUAAACUACACAUACAAGACAAACAACAACACUAACUCUUAAAAUCUAUUUUGAAUUUGAACUUUUGCUCCGGGAUUUUUUUUUUUUGCUGUGGAAUUGUGUGGGCACAGGUGCAACAAAUCAACCAAUAGCAUUAAAUUAUUUUUCUAUUUAUUUAUUCGUUUUUUUGCAUUGCUACAUCGGUACGCAGGACCCUGGGACAAAUCAUAUGCCAUGUAAAAACGGGUACCCAUUUUUUAUGCAUUGUACUUUUUUCUGUAAUAGUAG